GUCAGCGGUCAGCGGGGCGGCAGCAUGGGGCUCACGGUGGAGAGCCUGAAGGAGGCCAUGAAGUACAUGCUGGAGUCGCAGGGCUUCGACCGGGUGCUCCGCAAGAUGAAACUUCAAUCUGCAGCUCCUGGAAAAGUUGUUUGUGAAAUGAAAGUAGAGGAGGAGCAUACAAACAGAGGUGGCACAUUACACGGAGGUUUGACAGCCACCCUUGUGGAUGUGGUGUCAACAGCAGCAUUGCUGUACACAGAAAGAGCAAUGCCUGGGGUCAGUGUGGACAUGAACAUCACAUACACUUCUGCUGCUAAGAUUGGAGAAGAGAUACUGAUUACAGCUCAGAUUUUGAAGCAAGGAAAAAAUCUCGCAUUUGCCACUGUGGAUUUAACAAAUAAGGCUACAGGAAGGUUAAUUGCACAAGGUAGACAUACAAAGUUCAUAGGCAGUUAAUAUGGAAAAGUGCUUUAAAUAUUAAUACUGGUCUUCAGAACCCUGUAUAGAAUUAUUUUCUCACGCAGUAUCAUCUGCACAACGUUGUGAUAGUCUCUAUCACGUGAAUUUUUCUCACUUCUAUAAUAAACAAACAGAUUUCUCAGUUACCACUAGAAUUGCUACAAGCCUGGGUUUGGGAUGAACAACAAGAGUGAGACAAUAUAGGGAGGCACCUAUCUUUUUUUGGUCAAGAUAGAAGGGAAGUGCCUUUGGACCAGCCAUAUGGUUAACCAGCAUGAUAGCAUUUUAAGAGAUCUGCUUUCUGUACCUGUGGUGUCAUGUGACAAAGCAAUCCUGUCUUCAGGCCUGUCACAGUCACACUCAAACACCAUUAGAAGUGCCAACAAACUGUACCUGUUCCCUGAGAUGGCAGUACAGAGUUCCUGCAACAUCAGCCACAAGUGCUUUGAAAGUGUAAAGCAGGCUAAUGCAAAAUGUAAUUUACUGAUACUGAAACAAAUCAAUAAGUAUUCAAUAAAGCUUUCUGAAACUA